AUGGGCAUGCUACUCGCCCGUGCGAUUCGGCAGCAAAUCUUGUCGUCGGCGGUUCCGUGGUGGAGGUCCCUUUUUUACGAGUAUCCUCAGGCUGCAAGCCUGUUCGGGUGUCCAUCGGCGGACUUUGAUGAAGCCGUGAAUGAGCACCUUCACGGGGAGCCGUUCCCAGCCAUCGGGAGGGGGCACAACGUGACUGCGACGGGCGCUGUCGAGUUAGCGCUACUUGGGCGGGAUGCAGUCGGUAGGGCACCGACCUGGGAGCCAGGUCAUAUGGAUGAAGCCGUACAGGACUGGAAUAACGGCGGCGGAGCACCUGUGGGUCGGCGGGCCGGGGCAAGUGAUGAACAGGUGCUGGGACUGUACGGCAGUCCCACGGACGAAGGGGCUCAUCGACGUCGGCCCUCCAUGGGCGCCAUGAUCGAGAAUGGCGAGGUACUGGUGGUACAGGAGCCGGCAAAUCGGAACGUAUCGCAUUUCCAAGAAUGGCCUGCACAAGAAGCAACGGCGAUAACUCAGCUGUUGAACGGGGCGGAGGAUUGGGACAAAGGGUGGUCGAACCACGGAUCUCAACGUCAUCAAACGAUCCUGCUUCGCAUCAAGCCGAUCUUGAGCACCCAACCCGCCAACGCCACUGCCUUCUUCGCCCAGUGGCAACCGCAGCAUCCGGAGCAGGAGGAAUAA